AUGGCACGUAAAGGAGAAACAUCUAGAGUAUUUAAUAUAUCAGUCGUCGGAUUAUCUGGAACUGAAAAGGAAAAAGGACAAGUUGGAGUUGGGAAAUCGUGUUUAUGCAACCGUUUUAUGAGAUCAUUGGCUGAUGAUUACAGUUCAGACCAUAUUUCAGUUUUAAGUCAAUCAGACUUCAGCGGUCGAGUUGUCAACAACGACCAUUUCUUAUAUUGGGGCGAAGUUACCAAAACCUCUGAAGAAGGAGUUGAUUUUACAUUUCAAGUGAUUGAACAGACUGAAUUCAUUGACGAUGCUUCCUUUCAACCUUUCAAAGGUGGUAAAAUGGAACCUUACGUAAAAAGAUGUUCCGCGAUUAAAUUGUCUUCUGCAGAAAAACUCAUGUAUAUUUGUAAGAACCAAUUAGGUAUUGAAAAAGAAUACGAACAAAAAGUUUUGCCCGAUGGUAAAAUUAAUAUAGAUGGUUUCUUGUGCGUUUUCGAUGUUAGCAACGUACCGGGUAGGUUAAUUGAAAAACAAGUAGAAAUUGUGACGGCCAUAUUGAAUAAUUUAAUAAAAACUAAGAAACCCAUCGUAUUGGUAACUACGAAAAAUGACGAAGCUUUCGAAGGCUACGUGAAAGAAGCGGAAAGAUUGCUUACAAAAAAGGAAUAUAAAAAUGGGAUUUUUAUGGUGGAAACAUCUGCUCAUGAAAAUGUUAACGUAGACUUAGCUUUUAUAUUAGUCGCGCAAUUAAUUGAUAGAACAAAAGGGAGAUGUAAAAUUGUUUCUUUUGCCGAAGCGGAUAGCAGGAAGAAAGAAUUGGGCGAAUCGGUGACGCAAACAUUCCAAAUGUUAAUCAGGUCACAGGUUACUGAUUUUACCGUAAUGUGGACGCAUACUCUCAAAAAAUUGUCCCAACAUCCAGAGUUUUCCCAUUACGUUGCACUCUUCGGCGUGGACAGUGCACAAAGAUUAUUUAGACGUCACAUAAAAAAAUUAAAAGAGGAACACGUUAAAAAAAGAAUACAAGGUUACAUGGAAAUGCUACCUGACAUUCUUCAAGAAAUGGUUCCCGAUUUAUCUUCUCUUCGCGAUUGCGAUUGGGCUACGGUUCAAAGACAUAUUCAAGAGCAUCCAGAUUUUCAUCAGUAUUUUUUUGAAUGUCCUGAGGAUAUACCUUGGACAGAAUGCGAUUUAGAAGAAAUAGGUCACAAUCAAAUACCAUUUGAUGUUUUAGAUUCAAAUGAAGCAGAGACAGUUUACAAAAAUCACGUAAAUGCUUUACAGCAAGAUCAAAAACGUUUAGAGUGGAAAAAACAAUUCAAGCAGUUACUCGAAGACACAGGAUACGUAACUCCGGGAAAACUAUUAUCGGAAGUGCGGGUUUUAUUUAUGGGUAGAGAAUGUUUUGAAACAUUAUCCGAGUCUGAUUGCCAAUUAAUAUACGAUCAACACCAAAAGGAAAUCAUUGAAAAAGCAAAGCAUAAUUUUCAAGAGCUCCUCCUUGAACACGCAGACGUUUUUUAUCAUUUUAAAAGUAUAGCUCCUGCCGGAACUAUAACUCAAGAAUACAUAAAAGAAAUAACAGAUGCUUUGCAAGAAGAUUCUCGAUAUAAAGCUUUAGAUCGACUUGAUCAAGACAGAAAAUUAAUGCUUUUCCAGCAUUUGGGAUUCGUACAUUGCCCCAUACGAGAACACUGUCCGGCUUUCCCGAACUGCAUGGAUGCACUCAUCGAAAGAAUAUUAGGAGCGAAAGCUCACAGGCCAUCAUCUUGGAAUCACAGCAGUCAGUGGCUUUUGAGCUCUGACAGCAAUCGUUUGAAUCUUGUUAUAUUAGGAAUAAACGGACUCGCUGAAGAACUAGUUACGGAAAUACGAACAAUGUGCGAAGGAGACGAAUACGAGUUAAGCUGUCAAUUAUAUAGUUUAGAUUACAGAAUAAUUAAUGGAGACGUCAGUUUGCCCCAAAAUUCUUUUAAAACAAAUGAAUUUCUUCCGCACGGAUGUUUUUGCGUUUAUUCAAACGCAGAUUCAUUCGAAUACAUUCGAGAAAGUUUAGAAAAAACAUUAUUAUCUAAUUUAGAACAAGAAGAUAGAUUGCCAUUUCAAGGUCUCCCUAUAGUUAUUUUAUUUUCGGCGGAUCAAAGUGUCGAUGAAAAGGAAGGUAUAAGGCUGAGGGAAGAAGGUCAAAAUUUAGCCGACAGUUUACAAUGUCCUUUCAUUGACGUGUCUUUAGAAGAAAAUUCAUUAGAUAGACGCCAAUUUAAUAGUUUAAUAGUUUCGGACGCUUUGAAGCAAUUGGUUCAAAGCAUCCGACAUCGAUCUGGUUUCAUCAAUAUUUAUCAAUCUGUCAUUGAUUCUUCCGAACCCGAUAUCCGAGUAAUAAUGUGCAUGUUUUGCGGUGAUCCCUACAAUGUUGAAAACGUACUUAGCCCCCUUUUAAAUCAUCAAUGUUGCUUUCUUAGCGGCGACAAAAGCAUAAUAUUAGAAACGUUUUUGGGAGAUUCUAAGCAUAAAGUCGAAGUCAUAAUAUCGUCUUUCCACGGAGCCAAUGCUUUUUGCGAGGAGUUAGUACACGGUUUUAUUUUAGUUUAUUCUACCAAACGAAAAGCUUCUCUAGCUACGUUAAAUGCUUUUUCCAUGAACAUUCCAAAUUUACCAAUUCAAAUUUUGGCUGUGACUGAAACCGGGGGAGCGAAUGCGUUUUUUAGCAAUGAUUUAAGUCACCUCUUGAUAACGGAAGGUAACGCCAUAGCUGACAGACUUCAAGCUCACUUUAUGACAUCUUCGUCGUCUACGCAACAAAAAACUGCUUUUUACACGCCAUUUUUCAAGGAGGUUUGGGAAAAUAAACCGGAAAUAGAACAAGCUUUUCACAUGGAAGAACCUAGUAACAUUCAGGAUUCGGGAGAUGAUACUUUGGAAAGACGUCACCCGCUUCCUCCGCCACGUCUCGAAAGUUAUUUAAUCAAAUCUGGUUCGAACGAUGGAAGCGAAUCAGAAAUCUACGAACGUUUUCCCACCGACGGUGACGAUAUGAACGAUUCUCUUUCUCCGACGUACCCGGAAGAUGGUUUGCUCAGUCUUAGCGAAGAUAGCGAUAUUUACACUCACGUGGAUAUUUACGGAAACGGAGGAGAGAAUCACCUAGUCAAAAAUUCAGACUUAAAACCAAAGCUGAAUCAAGUUUGGGUUGACGAUGUUUAUUUACAGCAAAACCGUCGCGAUAGAAACGAAGACCUUUGGUUAAGUAAUUACUCUCAACAUGCUUUCACGACGGGUCGAAGACAUUCUAAUAAACUAAAAAACAAAGAUAGAAGUCACACGUUGAAACAACCGGGCAAAAUUAAUUUGAAAGAUUUUGCCAACGUUACGGAAAAUAUUGCUCGGAUACACCUCGGAGGUGACAAAAUGUCUAAUAGGUCGAUGAGAGGCCACGCUCCCUUGGUACCUGCCGAAAAUAUCGAUUUGGAAUACUCUCAAAUUAAAGAUGCCAUACAUUCGCAUUACGGGCCGUACGACGGAGAAUUUUCCUACGGUUUUGUGCCAGACGGCUUAAGCUUAAAAUCUAAAUUUCGUAGAAGAAGAAAAAAGGGCCGACCGUCUAAUAGCGAAACAGCAUCCGACAGUUCGGAAGAAAGCGAUCCUGAUUUAUCUGGAUCGUCUCGGUCGAGAACGAAACUCAAUAAAAAAUCUCUUAGAUCGAAAAAACGUAUCGGGAAAGUUCCCGUAGGACAACCGGUUCGAAUUCCGAUUCCUCCCGAGCUGCGAACGCCUCACAUCAUGCAACAACAUCAAUUCAAUUCUGGUCUUUCGGUAGAUAAUGAUAUUAUGGGUAAUCCAUCGUACGUGAUACACGACGAUGAAUCCAGUUUGGACGUGUCGUCUCCUAGGGAUAUAAAUUCACCCUUAUUCGGUGGUUUGAGUAAGGGAUUAAAGGAAAACGACAAAACGGCGAGGCGAAAGGAAAAGCAAAAAGCUAAAGAAGAUGAAAAAUUAAGACUGAAAGAAGAAAAAUUGAAGAAAAUAGCCGAAAAGGAAAGGGAAAGGGAAAAGAAAAAAUUAAAAUCUAAACCUUUGAAAAUAUCCGGACCGAAUUCUCUGGAUUGUUUCACACACACCGAAGACAAUUUAUUACCUCUUUUUUUGGAAAAAUGCGUGAAAUUUAUCGAGGAAGAAGGACUCGACUCGGAGGGUAUAUACAGAGUGCCGGGAAAUAGAGCACACGUCGAAUUGCUAUUUCAAAAAUUCGAAGAAAAUCCCAACGUGAACAUUCAAGACUUGGAUAUACCCGUGAACGCCGUCGCGACGGCAUUGAAAGAUUUUUUUUCAAAGAAAAGGCCUCCCCUACUCAGUUGCGAAUUGAUGAGCGAACUCGAAGAUAUUUCCGGUGCGAGAGGAAUGAUGAUGAUAGAACAAGCGAAUUUAAACGUCGACAUAAAAGCUGACAGGAGCUGUCGUUUAUUGGCAUUGAGAUCUCUGUUGAAAAAAGCGCCCAAGGAAAGUUUCGAAAUAUUGAAAUUUAUUUUUCAACACUUUGUUAAAGUCGCGGAAAAUUGCAAAUUGAAUUCGAUGGAUUCGAAAAAUUUGGCCAUUUGCUGGUGGCCGACACUUUUACCCAUUGAAUUCAGCGACAUGGGAUGUUUCGAACAAAUGCGUCCACAUUUAGAAGACAUAGUUCAAACCAUGAUCGACCAAUAUCCAUUUUUAUUUUGCGGUAAAGAAGCAUUCGUUAUGGUUUGA